AUGGUAGAGACGCAAGUGGGCACGGUAGUCGCUUCUUCAGCGCUGCUAAGGAUGUACCGCGCAGAAAGCGCUAUACUCAGCCUAUGCUAUGUAAAGGACAAAAAGUCGGUGGAGGGGCUUGCAGGGUUCCUGAGUAAAUGUAACGUAAGGACCCUCAACCUAGUUAAUCCGGCGCAUCCUUCAAUUUUCACACAUGUGCUUCAGGAGAUUGCCCUUGUGGAAAAUAAACUGGAGGUCCUCCAUAUAGACCUGUGGUCUAACGGGGCACCUGAACUGAUAGAACUCCUACAACGCGCACUUGCAGCACACAGCGAAACUUUGCUUGAACUUUCACUCAAAUGUAGGUUUCAGGCUAGGUUCGUGGCCCAACUGCUGCCACUCUUACCAAGUGACAUCGAGAUAUUGGACUUGUCUGAAAACAUACUUUCAGACAGCACGUUUUUGCAGCCACUUGUGGACUUCAUCAAAUGCAGUGAAUUACACAUUCUCAGACUUGCAAAUUGCUCAAUUAAGAGCCAUGUUGUAGAUGAGUUUGUCAAACGUCUUCUUGCCAACUCUGCACCGAUAUCACUGGACGCUCUUGAUGGACUCGACAUUUCGGGAUGUGAAGAAAUACCGAAAACCGUCAGCUGCACUCUGAAAGAUCCACCGGCAAAGACUCGGAAGGAUCUGAUGGGUUAUUCUGACUUCGGAGUGCCACCUCAUAGGGGUUCCAACGUACAGUUCCUCGACUACCUCAAGAGUUCGCUUCUGAUGAGACGGCUGGUGGGUUCUCAUGUACGUGUGUGGUGGCCUCCAAGCUUUGACGAACAACGUGGAGCAUUCGCGGGGCGAUUCUGGCCGGCGAAAGUGCUGCGAGUGAAUCCCAUAGACAUGGUAGUUGUCGUUGAAUACGAUAACCAGGAAGUAGACCAUGUUCCAUGUAAAUUCAUUCAGCCAGAGUCACCAUUUUUGUUCGGAGGUGGGCUUAAUACAGAUUUCCUGCGAUCGCUUUUGGGGACCAGCUAUUUCAACAGCCUAUCCGACGAGCUGAAGGUGCAAGCACAGGAUUUGCAGAUGAAUGAAUUGCGACAAAACUCUGAGCAGAAGGUGAACUCCACAUCGUCUGUAUUGGGGUCAGAAGGAGGUACUGUUGACGCUAAACUAAGCGUCUCUCAACAUGCUGACCCUAAGGACCCGUCGCAAGUUCUGAAACACGCAGCUGGUGGCACAUCACCAGUUGGGGGGAUCAAGGAUUUAAAUACGGAGUCUAAAACUGACGUAGUGGGUAAUGGCACAAAUUCCGCUGUUGUGUGUGGUGACGCCACGCGCAAGGAUACCGUGGACGUAUCAACCAACGAAAUCGUAGGGAAACGUACAAGGUCACCUGACGAAGACAAGGACGAUGCCAGUUAUCCCGUAAGCAAGAAACUUAAAUCGGAGGAGCAAAACUCUGGGAGUGACGCAAACAAGUGCGUUAAUCACGUCGGCGAUACACUAGAUGCCAACACACCUCCUGAUGACCGUGCUCUAAGGGCGUCAUCUUCAGGUCCUAAUCUGGGCAUGGUAAUAAAUGCUACCCUAUCACCUAAAGAAUUUGUCAAAGGUGAUGCGGCAAAUGAAUUGUGCAGGGAUUACCGGUUUAUACCCGCCAUGCUAACGGAACUCAUGCUGGCAAGCAAACGGCGAAAAUGUGAUCCAGGCUUCCCAAAUAAUCUGGCUGACGUGCCAUGUGAAUGCAAAGUUAACAUAGAAACUAUGGCAGGAUUGAACAUUGGGUUUAGCGGCAACGUGUUGCAACCCGGGGAUGUCUGCGAAUUCAGGGACCCCCUUGAUUCUGACGGCAGUGAUCCAUCAGAUUAUGUCGUUGUGGUCAAAGAAGUGAACCAGGUUGAACCACUCUACAAGGUGACCUACGUCUACCAGGACGAUGAGGAUACAUUGGAUGUAUACAGCAAUGAUGUGCGACGGCUUGUGCUACUACCAUGGUACCUCUGGGUAUCUCUGGUGAUGACCGUAGAGCGCCAUUUGUUGCUGUCUAAGCGUCUUAGUCAGCAUCAAGUACUUCAGACGACGUUGGCGGACUGCCUGUUGUGCCCCAAGAAACGUGACCCCGGGAUUCCAUUCAAACGCAACCCGCCGAACCCGCUAGAGCUGAAACUGCAGAGUCUCUCCGAGCGUGCUUCGGAGGUUCAAGAGUUUUCCUCGACACAUCCCAGGUUAACAGCUAAGAGAGUUCAACGGCAGGAUGACAAUGACAGCAUAGAGGGGUUACGGUACAAGUUGCGCACAAAGCAGCGAAAAUUGGAUGUAAUGGUAAAUCUUUACAAAUCCACACGGGGGGAGUUGGAGCAGGAGAAAGAGCUCACUGCACGUCUGCAAGCCAAGCUGAACUGCGUGGUUUGUUUUGAAAAGUUGGUUUUGCUUUUGAUUAGUUCAUUGGCUACAGGCGUAUAA